AUGACAUCUAACUUGGCAGAGGCCAUGAAAUCUGUACUAAAGGCAACCAGAAACCUUUCAAUCACUGCUUUGGUCCAGUCUACAUACUAUCGAAUGGGUUCCCUCUUUGGUAAACGAGGACACAAAUGGACCAAAAUGCUAGCUACAGGGAAAGUUUUCACAGAUGGUUGCAACAAGGGAAUGACUGAUGAGGUAGCCAAGACUAACACACAUAAUGUCAUGCAAUUUGAUCGCGAAAGAUUAUGUUUCAUGGUGCAGGAAAAAAUUAAUCAGAACGAUGGUCGUCUGACGGCAUGUUCUAGCAUAUGUCAGGACUACGCCAUUCACAUUCCAAAGGUCUUCGCAGUUCUUAACGUAUUCAAAGUCUACAAAGAAAGCUUCUUGGAACUACCGCACGAGGAGAAUUGGUCAAAAUAUGAAGGUUUUACUUUAUGCCACGAUGAUUCCAUGAGAAGAAAUAAGAAGGGACGUCCAAUCAGUAGUAGGAUUAGAACUGAAAUGGAAGAUGCUGAAAAGGAAAAGAGAAGGUGUGGGAUUUGCAGAGAAAUUGACCAUAUACGUAGAAAAUGUACAAAUGGUGUCGGUCCAUCAAACCGAUAG